AUGUUUCUCGUUGCGUUUGAUUUCGAUCAUACGAUCAUUGAUAUUAACUCGGAUGUUCAUGUUAACCAACUAUUUCCAACGGAAGAAGAUCGAAAAAAUGCGGAUAAAAAUUGUGCGCAGUUCGACUGUUGGACCGAUCAUAUGCAAGACAAGUUCCGUCAAUUACAAAAGUUGAACAUCACCGAGAACGAUUAUAUAAGAAAUAUGCAAGAAAUUCCAUUAACAAAUGGUUUUUCACAUUUGAUUCAUUAUUUAUAUUCAAUUCCCCGCAGUCAUCUAAUAAUAAUUAGUGAUUCAAAUCUUGUUUUCAUCGAAACAAUAUUAAAAUAUUAUCAACUCGAUCACAUGUUCAAGGACAUUUUCACCAAUCCGGCGUACUUUAACAAGGAUGAACAAUGUUUAAUUGUGGAACAGUACGGUCAGCAAACUUGUCCAACGUGUCCGUCGAAUAUGUGUAAACGAGAAAUCAUUGAAAAAUAUGUACGAACGAAAUUCGAUGAGCCGGUGCCGGUGGUGUUUAUCGGUGACGGACAUAAUGAUGUUUGUGCAGCGAAGUGUUUGAAAAAAGAUGAUCUUGUGUGUGCGAGAAGUGGAUAUCGUAUGGCGAAAGAAUUGAAACAACAAAGAGAAUUAGGAACUAGUGAACUGCAAGCCGAGUUUUUUGAAUGGAAUGAUGGGAAAGAUAUCGAAGAUUUUAUCAAAAGAAAUCGAAUAAAAUAG